GUCACAACUUCUCUUCCGUUCGUCAUUGCUUUCGUUUCCAAUCUAUUUUCUGCUUUCUAUCGCGUUUCUGAUGCUCUUUCACUUUAUUUAAUAAUUUCAGGUAGCUCUCCCUGUCCGUAUACCUUCACUAAUGUUCAUAUUUCUCAGGCUUCAUUCGCAUAUUCUAGACAAUAUUGCAGCCAGUUCCUGGAGAAACAUUUGGCCAUGGCGUUGCAACAUGAUCGGCCUCAGUUGAUGAACUCGUCGCCAACGCAUCCAAAGGUCAAGAUAUCAAUGGAUUUUUCCGAUCCGUUGUUCGUCGGAGGUACGCACGUCUGCGGCCAACUUGCGAUGGAGUGCAAGGCCGAUAAAGGGCUUGGGAUCAGUGGAAUGAUGGUGGAAUUGUUCGGGACUGAAGAGUUGCUAUCGCGGGAUCAUACAGCCAAAGCUCCUUUCCUAUACAGUCGGCGAUUAUUCCAAGGGCCAGGGCUUCCACCGUCUAAUGCCGUGCAAGCGCAUCCUGCUCCGGGAGACCUUCCGUUGCCGGCACAUUACUACCAGGCAAAACGCGGGAAAUCUACGUUCAACUUUCGCAUACCGAUACCAAGCACCAGUCCAUCGACCAUCAACUUUGCCUCAGGUUCGGCGCGGGUUAGAUACGAGGUUAGGGCUAGUGUGCAGGUAUCUUGGAAGGGCGAGAAGAAGGUGGUUACUGAUACUCGGGAGAUCAAUAUCGUUGAAAGUUUUGAGGAAGAUUUUUCCAGAGCAGAGCCUGAGGCUGUCGCUGUCGGUGAAAAUGGGAAAAUCUGGGUUCAGGGAAAGAUUGUCGGCGGUAUGAUCGUGGCUGGAGAACCUGCUUGUGUAGAAUUGCAAGUUAAGAAUCAUUCGACCCGCAGGAACACUGGACUAAUAGUAUCUCUUUCACGGACUUUACAUCUAGGAAAUGAGGGUUCGGACAAGAAAGCACCACUUCAGAUCUCAGAUACCUUGUUGACGGUCCCGUUCCGUUCACCUGAAUACAUCAUACCUCCAGGUGCCGAAGGUGUGGCUAGCUUGGUCUUUGAUGUAUCAGGAUCUGCCAGGAGCGUCAAAGGUGGUCAUCUGGAAGGCGAUGAAUCAGAAGGGCGAAGAACGGAUGCAUUGUUUGAAAUCAGAGCCUCCGUUGAGAUUAAGAUGACUAUGGGACUCGGGAACAAAGAUAUUAUAGUCAAUGUACCAGUUGUCAUUGUUCAUCCGGCAGCUCUACCCGACCUACCUCCACCGCCGCCUCAGCUGCCAAACCCAUUCCCGCAUGUACCUCCAUCACCUCAGCAAUAUUAUGAGCCGGUUCAAAGCCCGUAUGCAUAUCCUGCACUUCCGGUGUCGCCUCCUGUCCCGACAUACGUAGAUCCCAAUCUCGUCUGGAUGCCUCCGCCGGUGGCUCAGACUCCACAGCCUUACCAAUAUUUUCCCCCUCCUGUUCAUGGGCAGCAUUAUUACUACCCGCCACCUCCAACUAUGCCAGUUUACACUCAGCCACCACGUCCAUCGAGUGCAGGCCCGAGCAGUAAUGCCGGGUAUUCUUCUGCUGCGUCUCAACAGUCUCUACUCCCGCUGCCUCAGCAAGCACAAUCGAUGGAGCCUGAAACUGGGAAAGGCGAGCGCGCUUCUCGCGUUACGCAACACCUUCGACUCUCUUCGCGCAAUCGCUCGGUCUCUCCUCUAUCUCACCGUUAUCCUCUGCCGUCAACUUCUAAUCCGAUGCCUAUAUCCCAGCCGCCGCAGAACCCUCCUCGGAGCAUAACCCUACCCCCUUUGAAUCUCGAAAAUCUUGCGCUGACACCAGCUUCGGAUAAUAUUGUACAUUCUCCGAGACCGAUGUUGUCCCCCAAGCAGUCGUAUGCCCCCUUACCGAACUCGCUACCGAAAAGCGAACGAGUAGAGGUGCUCGAGCGGAUGGCAGACGAGGUUGGAAAGCAAACCAAGGAUUUGUCUGGGGACAUACCGAAAGAUGAACCUGUCGACAAGGGGCAUGCUCCCGCUGAAUCCAACAUUGACAAAACAUUACCGGGACCUCCUGUUCCGUCCAGCAAGCCUCCGAUGGCGUCCACGCAGUCGCGUCCUAGGGCUGAUCUGUACUUUGCCAAUGUGGAUCCUAUUCCUAUGACUCCGCCGGAACCUGCACCCACACCGCUGGAUCAGACACCUCCAACACCAACACUUACCGCGAUUACACCAUAUAAAAGGGUGAAAAAUGACACAGGUUAUUUGGGAGCUGCUAACACAGAGAGUGGUUUGGACGCUUUGGAGCGUAGACUAUUGGCCCAAGUUGGAACGCGGAAAUUCGAUCCCGAAGAGCGACGACCAGACGCAAGGACGGCGUUAGCACCUAUAGAUAUACCGAAAAAGCAGGAACCUGAGACUCUUAAUGAUUCGGCUAUAUCGAGCCUGACCUUGGCGGAUGACCAUGAGUGGGAAGAAAAGACACAUAGAGGUGCCGGAGUCACAUCGAAUGCGUCUGGGGAUGAAGGGAGAAGAGAGGCGGGCGGAAAGAGUCUCAAGGGCUCUCCUAGUAAGGAGAAAGACAGUGAGAGGAGGAGCGGGAAGAAGAAGAGGGAUGGUGAUACGCAAAAGAUGAGGAAGGCCAAAGGAAGAGUAGCAGAAUGGUUGGGCGCUAUGCAAGCCGAUCCUCCGCCGGCGCCAGUAAAUGACCCUCUGCCGGCUACACUAGUGACGCCCUCGGAGCCUAAACCUCCUCAGACAGAGGUUUCCUUCCCUAAGGUUUUGGAAGCAACGGACGCAAGGGAAAAAGAAGAACCACAAAGCAAGGCGACUUCAUCUCCUGAUUCUCGAUCAUCUGGUUUUGUGCCCAUUGGUACUCUCAAACGAGAUCUGUAUACUCGGACGCUAGUACCAAAGGACUCGAGCCCAUCUGAAGAAGCUAAGAAGAUUACCGAUUUGUGGUCUGCGUCUCCGGCUCACAAGGCUAAAGUAACAACUAUUCGAACUGAUCGAAAAGUAUCGUCACCUUCAGCCAAGGCCUCGGCACCCACGCCUACGAAUCCCUGGAAAUCUGUCAGGUCUCCUGCGGCAUCUCCAAAGAAGGUCAUGCCUCCAUCUCCUCGACUUCCCGUUUUCCCGUCACCCAAGAGCACGGAUCCCGAAUCCAAGUACGACAUACGUUCUGCCCGGGGUGGUCGUGGCGGAAAAGUGGCCGCCGUUGCUGCUAUAUGGGCAUCUGGAGCUGUCGGGCAGAAUGGAGACGGAAAGGGAAAUGAUGUCAAAGUGCCUUCGCCACUUUUGAAACCGCGUAGGUCUCCGGUCCCUGGAUCUGGUACCACCACGCCCACCACUGCGCGCAAACCUCCCAUCGCUCCGAAGCCCCCCGUUGCUAAGAAGCCUAUUGUCAAGUCGACUUCUGUUCCGGCGAUGCUCUCGUCUUCACAUGCGACGCCAACGCUGUCGAGUACGGCAUCCCUCGCGAGGCCGUCUCCGACGAAACCUAGGUCGUCAGUGAAGCUCCCUCCUACGAUCAGUGAGAUGGAUGCACCCAAGGUCUCACCUGCGCCGCCUGUCGUGGAUUCUAAACGUCCACCAGAUCUUGCGUUCGGCCAAGCGAAGCUGAGAGAUCUCAUCAAGAAGUACCAGGGCUGAUAUGCGCCGCCUUUUGGUGUUCUCGUUGCUCUAUCUAUUCUUGGUUUUUUUCAUGCUGAUUUAUUGACCAUCCUUCAUAUAUAUAUAUUAUUCUUCACGACACAUAUACCUCAGUACAUUAUAUCGAUAGCGACACGACACAUACUCACGAAUGUAAUGAAUAUUUCUGUACAGACAGGAUCAGUAAUAUAAGGACAGAUAUCUAGUCUAAUGACAGAAUUUUUCUCUUGAAACAC